AGUUGAAUCCAUUUCUCCCCAGAAGUCAUGAAGACGUCUACUUCUCUCCUGGACGUGAUGAUGAAGAUACUUUUAAUAACUGUUCUCCUGUUUCCUGAAACUAUCCUGGGAGAGUAUGGUGUCGUGUGUCCGACUCUGAUCGAGGCAGUAGAAGGUGAUGCUGUUACUCUGCGGGGUUCUCUGAGUCCUCCGGUCAACUUGACUCCUUACACGUUGGAUCUGAAGAGACUUGACCUCUAUGACGAUCUGGUCCACGUCUACCGACAUGGAGAGGACCAUUUCCCUCCACAGAGUCAUCACUACAGAGGCAGAACAACUCUGAUCCAUGAAGACCUGAUCGGAGGAACCGUGACGCUGCAGAUCUCCUCAGUAAAUCUGUCUGACACCGGACCGUACGAAGUCUACGUCCCAAAACUGAAAGCCCGCUGUGCUUUUAACCUCACUGUUGAAAGAAAAGCAAACAGGUCAAAGAGAAAUAAUUCCAGCACAUCUGGACCUCCAGUGGAAGAAGAGACCGAGUCAGAGCAUCGGGAUGGUGAGAACAGGAAGGCUGCCCGUGCUGUUAUCCUUCCCACUGUUCUCCUCCUCUGGAUUCUCCUUGUUCUGCUUCUGAUGAGAGGAAGGAAGGAGAAAAAUCCAGAGAUAGCAGCGGACGGACAUGAAGAGAAAAACCUGAACAUGGAAGCAGCAAAAGGAGAUGAAGACCUGGAGAGAGCUGCAGGAAACCUCGUCUGAGAGCUUCAGUGAAGGUCGGCCAUCAAACGAUCCCACUGCCUUCACCAGUUUUAGAGUUUAGAGAAGAGAACAACAUGAAACCUCCCCACAUGGACUGAUAAAGGUAUUACACAACUCAGACACAACAAUGAUCAUAAUGAUGAGUCCUUUUGGUCCAGAUGCAGUAUUAGAAAAGGAACUUUACAGAAAUCUUCUGAGCUGUUCAACAAUAAGCCCCCCGAACAAAAUCAUAUUAACAACAUACAGGGCGGUUUAUUACACGGCUGCUCACUAAAGAAAUCCAUAAUUUUACAAAUUUUACACAAAUAUUGAUUUAAAGGCUUUGCAGGGUUCAAUUUCCAACGAAUUUGCGCAAUUUGCUUGUUGGUAAAUACAUAUAAACUGUUUUCCAUUGUACUUGAUGUUGUUGGGUAUCACAAAACGGAAUAUAAUACGAAAAAGUGAGUACUAUUUUACAGUGGUUUGCAAUGUUUCUCCUUUCCCCCACAAUGCAUUGCAUUACGUCACCUUGAGGAGACGACAGACCAAAGCCCGCCUUGAGACCCAUAUUUUUUUUUAGUUCUCAUUUUAGUUACCAGACGGAGAUGACUCCUUUUAGUACCCGGGGUAUUCCUGCAUGUACUGUAACUAUGCCGUACGGCCGUGCCGUAAGGUACUUUUAAUUGAGUAUUUUCAUUUUCUCCUACUUGCCUAUUGUACAUUUUACUUCUCUGUUUUUAUAGCUUUGCAUAUGUAUGUAUUCACCUUAACCCAGGUUAGGUUGGGACUCUUAAAGUAAUAUCAGGGACAUAAUGAAAGCUGCUUUCUAUCAUUUAACAACAUUAAAAGUGACUUGAAUCUCCAACUGGUAUAUCUGCCUUCAUCUGAACCUGGUUCAGACUGCUGUGAAGAUCUCUCUGCUGGACAACAAACAAUGAGAAGGCUUCAACUCCUUUAUUACUUUAUCUCUUUAAUAUCUGGGGUUGAAUCAGGCCGUCAGGGGAAACGUUGACAAUCAGUGAACAGAACUGCUGUAUGAUGACGUAGGAUUUUAUUUGCUGCACUUUCUUUUGACUUUUGUUGAUGUUGCACUUUGUUAAAACAUAUUGUAUUUGUCUGAUUCCUACUUGGAUGUACAAAGCCAAACUUAAUAUUUAACUGUAUAACUUAUUCCAACUUAAAUCUUAUUGUUAAAUGCCUACAUGCUCAAGCUGCUUCUCUCUUAACCGAAUGCAUUUGUUACCAGGCACCCUGUAUCUUUAUGGAUGUAUUUGUGAUAUUUUUGAAUGUAUUUGUGUAUGUACUUUACCUCUUUUAACUAUUCUAUUUGUAUAUCCUUCUUCUUAAAGCUAAAUAAAGUGUUUAAAAAGCC